CACCGGCUUUGUAGGUUGCAGUAUAUAAGCUCCUCUAGGAGCCCAGCUCUGCAGCCCAUUAUUCGAGUCAUUCUUCCUCCCUCACACAGACUACCCCGUUCACGAUGGUCGAUUUGAGCGUCGCACGCGCCGCGAACGCGACCUUGGUUCAGAGCCAGCCCUUGGUCGCAGUCUUUAUCGGUGGCACCUCAGGCAUCGGUCACUACACUCUUCGGGCAUUGGCGACGGCCGAAGCCAAUGGAGGGAAAGGCUUCCGCGCGUACAUCGUGGGCAGAAACGCCAAAGCUGCCGAGGAGAUCAUCGCAGAAUGUCGUGGCAUCUACCCGGACGCCCAGAUCAAGUUUGUCAAGGCCGACGACAUAUCCCUGAUCCAAGCAGUCGAUCAAGCAUGUGCGGAAAUCAUCCAAUCGGAGGAAAAGCAGAGCCAGGACCCACGGAUUGACUAUCUGAUGCUGUCCCAAGGCGGGUCGAUCUUUCUUCCAAGAAAAGACACAAAAGAAGGACUCGACGUGACCAUGUCCCUGAUGUACUAUUCGCGUAUGCGGGCCAUCACCAAGCUGCUCCCCUUGCUUCUCAAGUCUACCCUUCCUGCGAAGGUCGUGUCGGUAUAUGCGGCAGGAUACGAAGCGAAGCUCUACCCGGACGACCUCUCCCUCCGCGACCUGUCGCAUUACAGCUACUCACAGGCCCGGUCACAUAUGAUCUACAUGCACACGUUGUUUCUGGAGAAGCUGGCCGAGCAACACCAGGGUAAACUCAGUCUGAUGCAUAUCUUUCCCGGUCUGGUGCUGGGACCUGGCUUUCAGAGACCGGACUUGCCUCUCUGGUUCAGAAGAGUGUGGCGCUGGUUCUUCGUUCCCAUCCUGGGGCCUCUGCUGACCGUCUCUCCCACGGAGUGUGGCGAUCGGAUGCUGAGCCUCGCGUCACCUCGCUAUCCACCCCAGGGCACGGAGUCUUCUGGCGCCACGGACAAGGUGGUUGUGGGGACAGAUGGUAAGCCGGGGAGUGGUGCUUACUCUCUUAGCCGGAAGGGCGAGGCGAUGAACAUCAAGAAGGCCUAUGAGAAGAUCAACAAGGACGAGAUGAAGAAGAAGGUCUGGGAUCAUACCACAAAGGCUUUUGAGGUCAUUGAGGCAGGAGAGGUUUUUACCGAUUGAGCUAUCCCCAAGACUGACGGAUUCAGUCAUUGCAGCAGUCUCUGGCCGGUUAAUUAGGAAGGGCUUAGGUGAUAUUUUAUGUGUGUACAAAACUUAAUGUCUAAUGGCAGACUGAGUUAACAGAUUGACG